ACUCCCCAUGACAUUCGCGAGGAAUUAGACGAGCUGAAUACAUAUAAAAGGCACGUCAAAACGGACAGAUCCUCAUCGGCUUUCAGCUCGAUUCACCACUGCCAUGGUCUGCUCAUCCAAGUUCACUAAAGCAAUCAUCUGCGCUGUCUUCCUCGCAGUGUCUGCUUCUGCAGCACCUGCUGCUAGCUCUGUUCCUGCUAGCAGCGUGGCAGUGUCGUCUCUCACCCUCCCCAGCUCGUCCAUAUCAGGUUCCUCUGAUAGUCCUAGUUCUACAGCUUCAGCACCUGCUGCUAGUCAAACUGUUCCUUUCGCCAGCGAUGACCCAAACGGGGUGUUAUGGGGCCCCGACAUCGACACUGUUCCCCAAGCUAUCCGGGGCUCCCUUGGCGCAACCGUUCUUGGGCCACAAGAUGUCGGCAUAGUCAAAGAAAACGCUGACCUCCUCGCCCCUCCUACAACAGACUCCGGCAGUGUGUCCAAUGCAAAGUGGCCUUACAGUUUGAGUCACAAUCGUUUGCAGACCGGUGGAUGCGCUCGUCAGCAGAAUGUUGGCGUCAUGCCUAUCGCAACUGCAAUGGCUGGGGUCAAUAUGCGUCUUGAGGCAGGGGCAGUCCGAGAACUGCACUGGCACAAGACUGCUGAGUGGGCAUACAUUCUGAAAGGUUCUGUGCAAGUAACUGCAAUCAAUACUGAAGGACAAAACUAUUUGGCUACUGUGAGCGAGGGCGACUUGUGGUACUUCCCGCCUGGUAUCCCCCACUCCCUUCAAGCAACUGCAGAUCUGCCUGAGGGUUCUGAAUUCCUCUUGGUAUUCGACGAUGGAGAAUUUAGUGAAGACUCUACGUUCUUGCUGACGGACUGGCUCGCACACGUUCCCAAGGAGGUUAUUGCGAAGAACUUCCAGACCAACAUAUCAGCCUUUGACCACAUUCCCGCUGAUGAACUCUACAUCUUCCCUGCUGAGGUUCCUCAUGAUGAUGACAAGGCCGUGAACAGUCCUCAGGGCACUGCACCUGAACCUUUCACAUUUAAGUUCUCUCAAGUCAAGCCGCAGCAACUGUCUGGCGGUACUGCAAAGGUCGUCGACUCCACUACUUUCAAGAUCGCUACGAACAUCGCCGCUGCUGAAGUGACUGUUGAGCCCGGUGCAAUGCGCGAGCUUCAUUGGCAUCCUACGCAAGAUGAAUGGAGUUUCUUUAUUGAGGGUACUGGUCGGGUGACGCUAUUUGCCUCUUCCGGAAAUGCUAGGACUUUCAACUACCAGGCAGGUGAUGUCGGCUACGUUCCCGCCUCUUUUGGUCACUAUGUGGAAAACACCGGAAACACGACCCUUCGUUACUUGGAGAUCUUUAAAACAGAUCGUUUCCAGGACAUCAGUCUAAACCAGUGGUUGGCUUUGACGCCUCCUGAAUUGGUCAAGGCCCACCUCAACCUCGACGAUACUACCAUCGCGCACCUCAGCAAGACCAAGCCGACUGUCAUUGGUCCUGGUAAAUAACGUGUGGUCUCGAAUGUCUCAAAGGAG